AUGUUCCCGGAUGAGCUCAAGGGCCUGACGCCGGUGGAGGAGAAGCUGAUCGCGCUGAACUCGUGCUAUGGGUUCGACCUGGACCAGGAGGGGUUUUGCGCCGUCCACGCGGAGCGUUCGGUGACGUCCGAUGUCUCGUCCCUGCUGGACAGUGCCGAGCGGUUCUCGGCCGCAUUCGAAGAGGAAGCCAACUUCUGCGCCGGCGCGACGCAGAUCCACACCCAUAGUCCGACAUGCGUCAAGUACUCCCUGGGCGACAAGGGACGAAAGGGCGACCUCUGUCGCUUCAAGGCGCCAUGGAAGCUGGUGGAGAAGACGGCCUUCUCGCCGGACGGCGUGCUGCGGAUCCGUAGGACGCAUCCCAUGGUGAAUCGAUGGAAUAAGGCCAUCGCCGUGGGGCUCCGCCACAACCACGACAUCUCCUUCAUAGCGACGCAGCGGAAGACCACGGCGCUCGUCUACUACGUCACGAACUACGCGACCAAGGUAGAGGACCCGACGUGGAAGCGCGUCGCCGCCGCCGCGGAUCUACUGCCCGUCGUCUCGGCCGGGGAGGACGCCGGAAGUGGCGUCGUGGGCGGUGAUGAUGGAACCAAGAACAAGACACGGCAGUUUCUGAUGAGAGUGGCGAACCGUGUCUUCACGGAGCGGGCUCUGUCCCAAGUCGAGGUCGUCGCCCAUCUGCUAGGGUACCCAAGCGAGUUCACGAGCAGCAGCGCCUGGGCGUACCUAAACGUGUCGGUGCUCUACUGGCACGUCUCGAGAUGGUGGCGACACCUUCGACAGGAGAGCGGCACCGCGGUCGCUGACGUGUCCGUAGAUGAGUCGGUCGUCGUGGAAGAAGCGGGCGAACGGAUCAGCUUCGCCGAGGCGUACCAUCAUCGCGGAAACGUCCUACGAGGCUUAUGCCUAUACGACUACGUUUCGCUCGUCAGGCUCCAACGCGUCGGCAAGGACGGGUGUUCCGGUGCCUGGGGAGAGGUGGCGUUCGAGAGCGGCUGGGUGGCGGGUAAAGACUGGGUGCAGGUAUUGAGGCGGCCGGGGAAGCAUGCCGUCGUCUGCCUUGACGGGUACCUAAGCAAGGAUUUUGAAGAGGACGACGAGGGAUCAUGCCAUCGCAGAACCCCGGACCAGCAGUGGCCGAUAGUCGUCUGCCUUGAUAACACUGCGGCUAUAAGAGCCAUACGAGGCAGCCCAUCGAUCUCGUCGCAAGCGGCUGCGGAGAAGUUCGCUGAGGCCGCGGCUCGACACGGAGAUGUCAGCACGCGUUGGUGCCCCGGCCAUACGGGGAUCGCCGGCAACGAGCGGGCCGACCAGCUAGCAAAGGAGGGCUGCCGGGCCGAGGGUCCGGACAGAUCGCCGACCUACGCGAACAUCAAGAGACAGGCCAAGGCUGCGGCCAGGCGCGACUUCCAGGACUGGUGGGCCGCGGGGCCCUGA